GCCCGCCAUGUCCUCCGCCAGGUUCGACUCCUCGGACCGCUCGGCCUGGUACAUGGGGCCCGUGUCUCGCCAGGAGGCGCAGACCCGGCUCCAGGGCCAGCGCCACGGCGUGUUCCUCGUCCGCGACUCCUCCACCUGCCCAGGGGACUACGUGCUGUCCGUGUCCGAGAACUCGCGGGUGUCCCACUACAUCAUCAACUCGCUGCCCAACCGCCGCUUCAAGAUCGGGGACCAGGAGUUCGACCACCUGCCUGCCCUGCUGGAGUUCUACAAGAUCCACUACCUGGACACCACCACGCUCAUCGAGCCGGCGCCCAGGUACCCCAGCCCGCCGGUGGGCUCCGUGUCCGCACCCAGCCUGCCCGCCGCGGAGGAGACCCUGGAGUACGUGCGGACUCUGUACGACUUCCCUGGGAACGACGCCGAGGACCUGCCGUUCAAGAAGGGCGAGAUCCUGGUGAUCGUCGAGAAGCCGGAGGAGCAGUGGUGGAGCGCCCGGAACAAGGACGGCCGGGUGGGGAUGAUCCCCGUGCCCUACGUAGAGAAGCUCGUGCGGGCCUCGGCCCAGGGCAAGCCCGGGAACAGGAAUUCCAGCAGCUACGGGGUCCCCGAGCCCGCCCACGCAUACGCACAGCCGCAGACCACGGCGCCCCCACCGGCCGCCGGCGCCCCCGGGGCCGCGGUCAGCCCCCUGCCGUCCACACAGAACGGACCUGUCUUUGCGAAAGCAAUUCAGAAACGCGUGCCCUGUGCUUACGACAAGACCGCCCUGGCCUUAGAGGUGGGUGACAUCGUGAAGGUCACGAGGAUGAACAUCAACGGCCAGUGGGAGGGCGAGGUGAACGGGCGCAAAGGGCUCUUCCCCUUCACGCACGUCAAGAUCAUCGACCCCCAGAACCCGGACGAGAGCGAGUGACCGCCGCCACCCCGCACCUGCUGUUCGUCCCGCCCGUCUGUCUCCUCCCGCUGGGGAAGCCCACUCUGGGCAGGCCCCGCGCUGCCCACCUCGGCUUUGCAGCGGUGGCCCCGCCCGGGUGUGCUUGGGGCUGCCCGCAUUGUAUCAUAGUCGUGUUGUCACAGAGUAGCUGAUCGUAGAGUCGCUGGAUCAUAAACUGGAAACACUGGUGGAGGCUCGUGGGGGCGAGAAGGUGCCCCCUGGCCUGGACGCGGCAGCGGGGCUGUGCCCGGGGACAAGCGGGGCGCAGGCUCUGCAGGAGAGGGCCACUGCCCUGCACUCUCCACGUCUGGCUUUUGGUUUUUCUUUCUUUCCCCCUCUGUUUGGUUUUGGAAGGCUUCGUUAAUUAGGCCUGUUUGUUCUGAAGAGGUGUUUAAGUAGCAGGUUAGGUUCUGUGAUGAGAUCAGGGAUGAGCGGCUAUCACCGUGGGAGCAGGAGGGACAGAGCCCCGAGGCAGCGGUCGUCAUGUCUGGAGUUGACCGAGCAGCCCCCCAGUGGCCCUGCGUUUCCCCGCUGUGCGCACAGCCUCCUGGACGACAUGGCCAAAGGCGUCAGAGCUGGGGGCUCACCCUGUCUGCCGGCAGAGGAGGAGUGGCCUUUCCGUGAAGGCAGCCCUGGGAAGUAUGGGCCCCGGUUUUCUCAGCAGUUGAAUUCACUCCGGAGUCUCGCCUGCUCACCGAGCCCGGCUCUGCCUGGCCUUACGCUCGCCCAGCAGCCUGAGGGCGCGGGUGCCGAUGCCAGCUGCCCCCCAGCACGACCGCAUGCGGGCCCCGGGCCUGGGAGGUGAGCCAGCGCCCACCCUGCGCUCGGUGUCCCUGUCGGAUGCUCGAGGUCUGUUCACAUGAUCCCACAGCACACGGCCGGCCGGGUGGAACCUCCGCACAGGCCCUGUGCCCGCCCUGUGGGCCCCAGUGAAGACAGUCCUCUGCUAGAAUGCGCCCCGCAGCCCCGGCUGGGGUCGCAGCCUAAGUCCUGUCCCUCCAGUCUUCUGUGGCUGGGGCAGAACCCCGGGCUCAGGGAUCAUGAGGGUGGGAGCAGUUUCUCUGCGGUCAGAACCAGCAGGCCCCUGCUCUUGGGCUCUCUGUCAGCUCUGCAGUCGGGGGUGGCCGUCGCCUCCUGGUCUCGUUGCUCAUGUGGCCCUGUCCCUCUGUGGCUUCAUGAGAGGCUGUGCUGGGCUCCUCUUCAUCCCUGGGCACCGUGGUCACCUCCGCUCCAGGCUGCCCGUUGCCGCCGCCUCCUGUUGUGAGUCCAGCCGCUGCUCACCUGUGGCUAGUGGCGUGGCCGUGCCAGGACCUCUGCCUAGGGCUGGCAUGUGCCGCGUCCUUAUGCCGGUGCCCGUCUCCGCGGCUGCCCUGAGAUUUGGAGCCCAGAGUGGACUGAGCCUUGAGCUCUGCGCUCUGGACGUGGGCCAAAGCAGAGCCUGUGACUCCGAACCUUGUCAGCUUUUAAAUCAGGGAAAUGUCUCUUUACACUCAGUAUAUGGGAAACGGCUGCCCGCCUCACCCUGCCCCGGGUCCUGCGGGUCUGAGAAGACUGCCCCAGGAAGAGACCGGAGGAAUCCUCAGAGGUGCCGGCCCCCAGGGCCUGCUCUGCGUGGCCACUUGCUCUGCCCUGUGUGUGCCCCUCAGCAGCUCAGCUGGACGAGGCCCUGACAGUGUGGCCCUGAGCGCACCCUGGGCGGGCUCUCCGUGACCCCUGCCCGCCCGCUCCGCCCGGAGACGCAGCCCAGGAGGGGGCCCCGCGCUCGUGAGGGCGUGAACAUCUCACUUGGGAAAGGGAUGCUGCCGAGCCAGGGGUUUAUAAUUUAAUCCUUUAAUGUUGUGUUCAUUAAUCUCUUAAAACGAGUGAGUCCUGAGUGCUCUUACACAGAGCCCGAGACACCCCCAAGCUCCCCCGGCCUCCAGCGCUGGGGUGCAGGUCCACGUCCCCGGGGCUGGGCGCGCCCGUGGCUGAGGGGCGUCCCCCGGGCCGGGCUGGGGCUCUGCAGGAGGCGCUGUGGCCUUGCCUCGACGGCCUUCACGUGUGUUUUAAAGUGACAACCACACAACACAAACUCUUCGACCUGUAACUUAAAGAUCAUAAACUUCAGGCAAUAAUAUUUUCUGUGUAAGCUUUUAAAAUUAUUUUUGGGGAUCAUAGCUUGUUUUAUUUUGUGCUAUAAAAUUAACAGUAUUAAAUGACUUAUAUUCUUAGAACACAUGGAGUGUCUUUUCUUAACAGAUCAGUGCCUUUUUAUUUUUGUACUCCGUUUUGCGUUCUGGCCCCAGCCUCAGCCCCGUGUCUCCAUGGCCUGUCUGUACAUUGUCUCAAUAAACGUGCACCGCCGGUGCUGGCCGUG